AUGGAUUCGGCAAAGGCGGCGUCAGCCUCGUCGUCUUCGUCCCCAGCGCGCGAGAAUGCUGUCAACGUCCCCGAGACUGAACGCUUCACUGGCGAGCCUCAAGCCCCGUAUGACUACCACAGCCUCGACGGCCGCGACCCAGUCAUCUGUAUUGACAAUGGCUCCCACUCGUGGCGCGCAGGCUUCUCGACCAUGGACAGCCCGUACAUUGACCGUCCCAACAUUGUCUCCCGUUACCGGGAGCGCAAGCUCGGCCGUAACACUCUUCUUUUUGGCAACGACGUGGAGGUCGAUGCCAACUCGCGCUCCCAGAGCCGCACCAUGUUUGAUGGUGACAUGCUUAUCCACGGCGACCUGAUGGAAUGCGCCCUCGACUUUACCUUCCUCACGCUCGGCAUCGACUCGAACAGGAUAGAGCAGCCCAUCGUCAUGACUGAGCGUCUGGCGAACCCGUUGUUUACCCGUGCUAUGACCUCGGAACUCCUCUUCGAGCUGUACGGGGCGCCUGAAGUGACCUACGGCAUCGACUCACUCUUCGCUUUCUCACGCCACAAGCACCGCGACGGCUUAUCGAUCCACAUGGGCCACAAUGCCAGCACAGUCAUUCCGGUCGUUGACGGCAAGGGCGUUCUGACCCGUGCGAAGCGAAUACCUUGGGGCGGAUCUCAGUCGGCAGACCUCCUGCUCAAGCUUGCGCAACUCAAGUACCCUUCUUUCCCUCUCAAGGUCACCCAGAGCCAGGCUACGUUCAUGUACCACGAGACCUGCUACUUUGCCUCGGACUAUGACGAAGAACUGCGUUCCUUGGCCAAUCCUGCCACGAUGGAAGCUAAGACUAUGGUUGUUCAGUUCCCAUACAACCAGCCUGAGGUUGUGGAGAAGACUGAGGAGGAGAUCGCGGCUCAGCUUGAGAGGAGGAAGGAGCAGGGCAGGCGUCUGCAGGAGAUGCAGGCCAAGCAACGGGCAGAGAAGCUCGCAGCCAAGGUGGCCGAGUUGGACGAGUACAAGAUGCUCGUCGCCGAGCGUGGAUCUUUGAAGAAGGCCGACUGGGUCCAGCGCAUUUCGGACACCACUCCCUUCGAGACCGAGGCCGAGCUUGAGGCUUGGAUCAAGAAGACGGAACUCGAGGUUAGGCGCAAGCAGAAGCGCGAGAUGGGCGAGGAGCCCGAGCCCGAGGAGGAGCCUUCCUUCCCUCUCGCCGACAGGCCGGACGAGGAGCUCACCGAGGAGGAAAUCAAGGAGAAGAGGCGACAGCGUCUUAUGAAGGCUGGCUGGGAGGCGCGCGUCAAGGUCCGCGAGGAGAAGCGCAAGGAGAGGGAACGCUUGGAGGAACUCCAGCGUCUGGACGACGAGGAGCGUGUCAACAACCUCCCAGGAUGGUCUGCUAAGCUCAAGGUCGAGCAUGUCAGCGUCAUUGAGCGCAUGAAGGAGCGCAAGAAGCGCCGUGCUCAGCUGGGUGACCGCAAGUCCGCUGCCGCCCAGAACCGCAUGAAGUCCAUCGCGUCGCUUGCUGCCGAAGGCUCGUCAGGCAAGAAGAGGAAAAAGGGCGACGAAGGUGCGUACACUGGAAAGCUGGGUAGCUCUAAUGAUGCAGAGAAGGACGACGGAUUUGGUCGCGACGACUCGGAUUGGGCUGUCUACCGCGAGAUUGUCGCCGAAGACGACUCGGAGGCUGAGGAGGACGACCUCGCCCAGCUCCAGACCAUUGAGAGCAAGCUCUUGGAACACGACCCUCACUUUACGGACGACCACACCCUGGAGGGCCAGGUUCGCGUCAAGAAUGCGCUUCUCAACGCCUUUACUCGCGGUGACGCUCUCGGCCGCUACGACCCGGACAACAUCCAUCAGAACUACCAGAUCCAUCUCAACGUCGAGCGCAUUCGCGUUCCAGAGACCUGGUUCCAGCCAUCCAUGUUCGGUGUCGACUCUGCCGGCCUCGGCGAAGUCGCUGGUUGGCUGCUUAACGGCUUCGACGAAGAUGUCAGGGCGCGACUCAUGCAGUGUGUUGUCCUCUCUGGUGGCUCUACGAAACUGCCAAACCUGUUGCCCCGAAUGCGCAACACUCUCACGCCUGUCCUGCCCUUCCGAACCCCACUCAAGAUCUAUGGCGCCCUUAACAAUGCUGACCCACGUCUCGAGACGUGGCGUGGUAUGGCCGAGUGGGCUAGCACUUCAGAAGGAAAGGCCGCUCGUGUCACCCGUGCCGAGUACGACGAGUAUGGAGGCGAGUGGGUCAAGGAGUAUGCCUGGGGCAAUGCCGCACCGUAG